GUUGACCUGGUAGGCUACGAGCAGGCCAAAGAACGUGCCAAGGCGAUCAGCCAGGCAGCAGGAAGCAGCAUGGCUAGUAUGGUUGAUCUUGACGUGCAUGCAAUCUCGGAACUUCAGAACAAUCUAAUGCAGCCGGUUACUUUAGAUUCUUUCAAAUACGAUUAUGCUGUUGACGAGAACGGUGAUUAUGGUAUGCUCUCUGGAAAGCAUGGCUAUUUUUAUUUAACUCUAUUAAAGCAUGCUUGUUCUCAUGGGUAUACCUUUCAAUUUAUCGCUCGAAAUAUUCGUUUUGAAGCAGGCUUUCGAGACCACUAG